AUGGUUGACGGCGGGGUUCGAGGGGAGCCCCAAGGCACUGCAGAACGAGUGAGUCCAGUAACGCGAUCGGUGAGCGCCCCUCUGCUAUGUUAUAUACCCGAUCGCAGCCGACAGGACAGCGAGGCCGUGACUCAGUGGUUAGGGCGUUAGACUUCUAAUCAACGGGUCGCGGAUCGAGACCCAAGUAUUGCACACCUCGAUUUUCGGCGUGGUUGGCUGACGACGGCUAGUAAGCCGGAAAUAGCCACCCCAGUCCGCUUGUCUUUGCGGGUAAUGUUUAGGAAGAUGGAAUUCUUUGGGAAACUAUAACUUUUAUUACGCAGAUUUUUGAGACUGCUCGUCUUCGGACUUGGGGCGUGCAAGAACAGUUAAUUUUUUAACUGAAUCUAACAAAGGAUUCCAUGAUUGGUUAAAUUCUGUGCCAAUGCGUGUUAAUUACAAUUUGUCGCCUCUUCGGGAUUGGCCCAAGCGGCCGUAGUAUUGGAAAUACCUAUUCCUCAUGCCUCAUGCAUUGACGUAUAAAGUUAUGGGGAUACCCAUUUUGGGAAAAUAGUUUGUAGAGGUAUUUCAUUUCUGCGCCAUAACUUGUUUCAUCGGAGUAGUGAGCUUUGACUCGAUUCAGAAGGCUGUAGACUGUACACCGUCUGUGAGAUACAGGGUGGGUACUCUCAAAAUGUAUGAUGACCUCUGAAUAUACCACUACGAUAAACUGAUGUGUGAAGUGAUCCAUCAGUUUUCCAUUGCACAAGGACAUCCCGAAAUGGGAGUUGUCCAUCAACCCCUGUUUCGAAUGCAAACUUGAUUCCUGUAAAUAUCGAGUUAACACCGGUAUGGAGCGGAUUCAGUUGACUUCUCUUGACGAUGCCAAGCGUCAUUUACAUAGCGCAGCCAGAGUUUGGGGUUAGCUGUGGGAAGAGCCAUGGUUUAUAAUUUCUGCAUUACGGCCUCUGCCAGAAAACCGGACAGGGGUUAACCCAUGGGAGCGCUUUUUAAUUGUCGAUAACAUUGUUUGGAAGAGGAGAAGUUUGUUUCCAGACAGAAAACUAGGAGUUGGAGUAAAGCGUCUGCAGGCACCUCCGCUCGUGUCGACUUUGUCUUGUUAUUGGAGUAUGAUAGGCUAGGGAAGAGAGAUUGCCGUAAGCAUUACACGAGACACCCUUGCGCUCUCUGCACAGCUCAGGCAUUUGAAUAGAAGAAGACAGGGAGGCGAUCGCGGGGAUCAGUUGCUUGUUGGUCCGCCGUUUCGAGCUAUCGUGGAAAAUAGGAGAGGAGCCAGCUGAACACUUCCUUACCGCCGCGCCCAUGAGACUGAAAUCCACUUGCACGAACCCCAACAACUGAUCAGUCCAUUGGCUUUCCAGGGAGAGGUCAACAAGCACGCUGACUUGUCAAUAAAUACGACGGCCGUGAAGGGGGACAACGCUCACUCGGGUCCACUGGCGGUUAAUCUCGGAGACUCCAGCAUUAAUCAACAGAGAACGGAUAGGUCAAAGUUCAUACGUCGGGCAAAAGCAGUCAAGGCCAACAGGAAGAAUUAGCAUUUUACUCUGGUAAUUGAAACGAGGGAGUUCCCGAAACGUCUGCUCAAAUAUCUUUCGGUCCAUGAACUCGCUCCCCUCUUCUUCGUCUUUUUCGGGGCGGGAGGAUGAACACUCCUAUACGGUACAUGAAGCCUGAUGACAGAACCUGAUGUGAGAAUAUUUGGGCGUCUUAACCGUUGUGCAUUUUGCUCGUCAUCCAGCCUCUUCAAGGAAAUUUUUUUCUCGUGCAGAAAAUGUGUCCACGUGAUUUUAUCAUAAAUUUGGGCGAAAAUAGACGUUUCGGAAUAAUCGGACAGUUUAAUAUGUUAACGCCUGUCUUAGACUUUGUUUUCGCACUUGAGCGUGUUUUUCUUCGAGAGGAGGGUAUUUUUUCUCUCGAGAAAGUUACUAAGCAGAGCUUGCCGCACUUGAAAAUUGGUUAUUUGUUCGAUGCUAACCGUGGGGAUCGGUUUGCUAACAGACAGGUUAUUUUUAAAAAGCUAAACGUUCUAUCUAUUCAGUAGUUCGAGUUUGGGGAGGGAAGAGGGAGAGUGAAACACCAAAAUUCCACUCAGCGCAAAAGUCAGAUUAGCAAAUCUGUGCGAUUUUGCGCCCUAAAGUGCAGUAAUAAAGUAUGCGGGCAAUCAUUCGUUCAAAUGGGUCGAUAUUGCUUUGCCAUUUAGAAAAUUCUGUUUUGACACCAAAGUGCCUAUCACCGAAUAGUUAUUUUCAGCUUCGAACAUACUAAAGAUUACUUUUCACACAGUCUAAUUUUUGCAAAUACAUAAUUUAUAAAUGGUACAAGCAAAACAUUAGCAGUUUCAGCAAAAUAUCAGUAUCUAUAUGGCCACUCUGCCGUACACUCAUAAUCGUAGAACGCAGUCCACAAGUGGACAAAGAUAGCAAAAAUGGACGCAAUAUGAAGAGAAAAGCAUGUCCUCACGUUUGCGGUAGGAAAAUAUCAGUAUUUUUUGCAACAUGAAAGAAACGGCCAAAAGUGUCAAAUUUUCUCUUGGCUGCAACCGCGUAAAACUGUAAAGUACACAGACAUCCGUCAGCGGAAUGCAGUGCUAAAACACUCCCUAAAAAGGUAACUUAUUAGAAAAAGUUUUCUAAUUGAUCGAAAGCAUAAUCGUUUCUGACCUUUGUUGUGGACGUUCAUUUUAUUUCACGAUGGGGUUUCACGUUUGUGGUGACUCUUUAAGGGUUACAGAGAACGUUAACUGAAAAAGAAAAGGGAGACUAGAAUAACCAUUUUUGGCACAUUAGACACCAUCGGUCAGCGAUAAUCAGCUCCGGAUUGGCGACCACUAAGGUUCGGACCCGCGUUCUGUUGGUUAGAAGCCCGACGCUCUAAUCACUGGGCCAAGAACUCGUCCUGUCGAUUGCGAUCGGGUAUACUAACUAUGGUAGAGAGCACUCACCGGUCGCGCUACGGGACCUUCUCGUCACGUUCUGCCUUAAGGCCUGGUUCGGAGUCCUGCAGGAAGUCGCACAGCCACCAUUAAUUUAUGCAUAUACUAAGCAAUCCUGCUAAUCUGAAGCGUAUUUCACAAUUUUGGUAGGUAUUUUAAUGAGGUAGGACAUGGGAGCUCUCACCGGUCUUUCUGAAAUUGCUCCUCAUUGUUCUUAUUCCCUUUCAUUCUACCCUCUCCUCACACUUUGAUAUGCCUCCUACGUGAACCUGGAGAGCAGUCUACGGGCAUCUCUUCUCUCAACAUAUUACUCUGCAUGUAAAAGCGCCCUUUAACUGCUCUUUCUAGUGCGAAUUGAACGUUACUCCGGACGCCCUCCAAGCUAUCGCUCAGCAGGCUAUGAUUACAAAGACUGGAGCUCGUGGGCUGCGUGCAAUAAUGGUCGGUUUCAUUUCAUUCCUUAUUAUUGUCGUCCUUCCCUGUAACUUUAUUUUUUGGCUUGGUUACUCAAGCACCCCACUUUAGUCUAGCUGGCAAAAUUUUCCACAGUUUGUUUACAAUCGGUUAUUACCUUGAUGUGCUUGGUGCAAGUUUUAAAAAACUGCACUCCCUCUGACGCAAGAAUAUGGACAAAUGGUCGACUGCUGAACGUUGGCGCAAACAAUAAGUUAUCCAAGAGCGGUACAUGCCGAAGAGCUAGGAAAAACCAUUGCGCCAGAGAAUGCAGAUCCACCCCAAUAACCUGCAGCGUUUCUCGCAACUGUUUUGCAGUCCUCCUGGCGAUUUCCAAAUCGUGCCGCCGUCUAAUUCCCAGCAAUGGUCUGCCGCUUGCGAAAGUUGAAACUUAAAAGCCCUUUUGAUGCGUACCCUGGGCAUCUGCGUCCAUGAUUAUGAGUAAUAAGGUGUAGGUGGUAAUGCCUUCUACUCAUUAAGUACUUUUCCAUGCCAGCAUCUAUUCACGUCUUCUGGUCUAAGUUACCAGCGAUUAUCUUUUUGCAGUACAGUUCCGAGAUCAGAGUAAGGAUAAAAUAAUUCACAGUCUCGCGCACAACCGGAAACCGUUAAAUUAUUGCGCGAAGCUGGUUAGUGGAAGAAUAAUGUGCCGGUAACCUUGAGGCGAAAUGAAAUCGUAAGGCUCAAUUUUUAGAGCGCCGUCCAGAUUUCCCGCAAUAUCACAAAGUAUACAGCAUUGGCACCAUAUGAGGCUUGCAUUGCAAUUUUGUGGCGGUGAUCACAGAGCUUUGUACAAGAGAAAGGGAGUAGUUGGGAAGACGGGCAUCUCGAUUGUUGGAACCCGAAUUUUAUCCUUUGACCGUCCCACCUCACCCUCAAACUCCAUAAUCGGAAACCACAACAGGAAAGAGUGUCGAUCGCACAGGAUUUACAGUAUUUACAGGAUGAAGUUGCCAUGCGACCCUGAAUUAACGCGGGAACUUCCAACUUUAUUUGUUUUAUGAUUUGGUAACAGUUGUCUUCUGUGAACACUGUCCCUGCCUUGUGUGCCCGGCAUUCUUUUCUGUUGCUCCCCCUCUCUGAUCGUGCGCUUGGUUGUCAAUCCAAAUCAUAGUGGAAUACAACAGUGGAGUCCUCUUCCUCUCAGCUGCACAUGCUUUUGUUCACAAAAACUGCCCAAUACAAGGCCACAGGACUCUGCGUAGUCAAUAGUAGGGAGUACUCAUUUGUUAUGAAGAGUUUCCAAGGGCGCAUGCUGUCGUCUCAUUGCACCACUGGCGUGACAAUAAAUCUCCACAUCGAUAUAGCAUGCAUAUCAAUCUUCGUUUGUUGGAAUGGUUAAUUGCCUUUGUAACGGCGCAUCUCCUGUGUGUUGUUUGUCGUGUUGACGCCAGACGAGUACAUCCUCCUUUUUCUUCGUCGUGAAUUAAAGCUUCAGAACGACUGAGUUCAGGCGUUCUGUACAGUACUCAGUGUUGUUCUGUUCAGUCAGGACAAAGGCAUCGUCAACGUAGCGCAUGUCCAGAAUUAGGGUUUUUAAACCUCGAAAAUUCAUCGUUUGUGAUUUUGGUGGGCGUCCUCAGCGGGAAUCCUGAAGACUGAUGAACCGAAAUCGUAUGUGAUCUCGUUGUGGGUAGAGAACAUUCUGGACUAGUGAUCACAAACUGCGAGAUCCUAAGAUGUGGGCCGAUUGCCGUUCCCAUUCAAGCGUUGAUCCAACAAACCAGUGACCCUUUUGACUGCCUGUGAAAAAGUGGGGGACACACUCUUUAUUUCAGGCGUAACUGUCUCCCCUUUGUCCGGGAACUGCUCUGCAGAAGGAACUGUUAUUUGUGAGUCUGUGGUCAGGAACCCCGGUCUCUUGAACAGCCAAUUUGCAAACCCAUACGCUGACGCCAGCACUGUUGAUUCCGGGGGACUGGAAACCGACCAGGAGUACUCGAGUUUUAUUUGGGCAUUUCGUUUUGUCAAGAAGAACGGUUGAUCACCCCUUACCGGUGGGCAGAGUAACUUAUUCUGUAUCGGCUUCCAGUUUAUUUAUCCCUUUUUCAUCCUGCCUUAACGGAAUGCGCUUUUCCUAAUGUGACAUGAGCAACGAAACGAACGACGAAUGCGGAUUCAUGCCUAUCAUCUGUCCGUUUGGAAGUUAGGCUCGGGGUUGGCGGUUGGCGACCCAUGCCGCACAGGCGGGAAAUCUCUGCAGUUUUGGGGCCGUUAAGAUCGUGAACCGAGGCGGCAGUCACACGUCAAGGCAGUCGCAAGCACCCUGGAUGUCAACCCCCACAUAAACCUACUUGUGCCCUACCUGGCCUUAUGAACCGGUUUGAAAGAAGGCACUCAAGGCCUGAAGUCAUCGGGGCUACUAAUUAUCGCCACAAUUGACGAGGACGUGCGUGACGCAAACUACUGCGAAACGCGGAUCCGUUUCGCACCCACGGUCGGCAUUAGCUACCUACGUGCCACGCACAGUUCGCAUGCAAUUCCUGAAUCAUGCAGUGAGAGCUACGCAGAGCUCCUGAAGUCGGAUAGGCGUAAUCACAUGAAACCACAGAAUACAAAUACAUUCCUGCCGUUUAACUCCCGUCCCCCUUUCUUUUUAUUCAACAUAAUCUGUAACUGGUGGUAGCUACAAGUUGUAGGAACUAAGAAACCCAUAUGGCCAGAAGCCGUUUUCCGUGACACGGGGACGAGCAGCCGACCGCACGAUUUAGAAGUGGCUUUUCUAACUGCGCCUAUCAACGCACAAAUUACUCGAUAUCCACCUCAUGAUCUACAAAGCGAACCUGUGUUGAGUCUGAGCAUCUGUUACGCUGGUAUCGCAAGGCGACCUUUGAUUCGAAAUGAAUCCAGCCGAUUCUAUAUCUCGAAAGCCGUAGCACGUACUUGAGUUGGCGAGCUUGGCGAUUGUUUGUCCCAUACACCCAUUAAACUAUCGUGUCUCAUGCUUUCCCAGCUACGAGGCAUGAUCCGUUCACGUGGUGCCAACCACCCGUUAUUGGUCUUUGCUUGUACUAUCGUCUCUCCCGUUUGUAAUUAACUCAUAGUUCUGCGUUUUUGGUUUUUAGGAGAGAAUUCUCUUACAGCCACGGUAUGAUGUGCCUGGGUCAAACAUUGUGAGCGUCAUAAUUGAUCGCGAUGUUGUCCUUGGGACUUCACCGCCAAAGUACGUCUUUAGCGAACCGGAGGUAGAGGAGAACUUUUCCACCAACGAGGCCUCCUGCCCGUCUGCGUUUUCCGGUUGA